UCAUCAUUUCAAGUUCCUUCUGCCUGUGAGCGUGGUGGAAGCAGAGGAAGAGGCUGUGCUUAGGCCUUUGAAAGCAUAUCCUCAAGACGCAGAUGUGAUUCUGCAACAUAAGACGCCUGAGGAAACCACCCGGAGCAGGAGGAGGAAGAGGACAACAUGGCUGCUCCUCAGGGACAGUUGACCUUCAGUGAUGUGGCCAUAGAAUUCUCUCAGGAGGAGUGGGCGUGCCUGGACCCAGCUCAGCGGAAACUGUACAUGGACGUGAUGUUGCAGAACUACAGGAACCUGGUAUUCCUGGGUCUUACUGUGUCUAAGCCAGACCUCACUUUUUUGGAGCAAAUGGAGGAGACCUGGGAGUUGGAGGAAGAAAAGACUGUAGUCAUCCACCCAG